AUGGACUCCCACUGCGAGAGCACCCUCACGCUCCAACUCGACGGCACCAAACGCUGGCGACUCUCCUGGCCGCCGAACGUGCCAGAUGGCAGUUUCGCUCGAGACGGCACCUAUGGCGAUGGAAGGCCGUACAGCAUUAAGGGCGGCUGGAAGCCAGGCUUCAGCUUCAACCUCUCCAAGGGGGAGGUUUUGCUGAUACCGCCCGCGUUCGUGCACGAGAGCCUCAACGUGGAGCCUGAGGGCUGCAGCCCCUCGUUAACCUUCCAAUUUGCAGACCCACCGGCAUCAUCUAUGUUUCGCCGUCUCUGGCCUCGCAUGCGCCGGACUGGUGACUUCAAUGAGUGCUGGGAUCGGGUCGCUGCCUUUGCCACGCUUGCACCCGAUGGACGGGCCAAAUCGCAGCUCAAGGCUCUUGGGCUUCUACCUCCUGGGCAGCUCUUGGACCGAUCUCCCGACGAAAUUUUGGAUGACGCUGUGAAAGCUGUGAGCAAAUCAUGGGCGAACGUCCUCCGAGCUCACGACCGCUCUGGUGACGGACGGCUUACGGACGAGGCCGACAACCUUGGCGGCGGCCUUGGCUUUCACGACGACAACAUUGAUGGCGAAAUAACGCAAGAAGAAUUUGCUCGGGGUCUGGCGGAUUGGCUCAAUGUGGAGAUUGCGACUCUUCGAGAGAAGACAAGCAAGCCCAAACAAUUGCAGAAGCUCGAGCUUUGA